CCCUUCCUCCCAAGAGGGGUAUCAGGGUGCUGCCCCGUCCAAGUGGCACGAACGACCGGUACUGUCCAAUCUGACAAAGUCAACCUUCAGCCUCUUGACUCGACUCCACAAACGUCGGGUCUCCACUUGUCUCCGGGUCUGGUUCUCGAUGCGUCGAACCUUCUUCUGCUGCCAUCGUCGUCGUUAUUCUUGCGACCUGUAGGAUGAGGACUUCGCAGUCUGUAGGCGAGUAGCUGUUCUGAUUCUCGUCUUCUCGGCCCAUAGAGUACGGAUGCAGCAACGCUCUGCAAGCUCCGUUGACACUUGUCGGAAGAGCAGGGCGGGAAGCGAAGUCCGUCCAAUGAGAAAUCGUCCGAGUCCGAACUUUUCGAGAGUCUUGCUCCAGUCGUGAUCCGUUUGCUUCGUUGCCAUUGGGAUUCGCCUUCGGCUUCGGCUUCGGCGGCGAAGUGGAAUCCUGGACGAGGUUUUGGUGCGUGCCUCGAGUGGUGUUGAGAAUCGUGGGGUGCCCGAGGGCGUAGGGCGUAGGGUUUGUCGAUCGAGCGUCGAGACAGGGGAGAAGGAGGAGGGGGUGGCAGGUGGAAUCGCUUCGUGGGCCGAGCUUCGACGGGAAUCCGAACUGGAGGCAAUCUCCAUUGAGAAGCAUGGCGUGGAGAGCGAUGGAUCCGUUGUCUGCAAUUUCGGACGAGGACUCUUCCGAUGAGGAAUCCGAUUCCGAGGAGGAGGACGGCGGGCGGAGUGGCAGUGGCGGUGACGAGAAACACGAGGACGAUGGCGCUUCGCUGAAGACGGGAAGCAAACUGGUGAAAAAGCCAGAGCUGGAUUUUGAGGCUUUAAGCCGGCAUGGCUACUCAGGAGGUCCAUCUAUUAUGCACGUACCCGCUCCCAAGAAUGAAGCAGGAGACCAGGACUGGACAUGGUCAAAUGGGAAGAGAAAGAGUGAAGACAAGGCCGAAGAAGGCAUUGAGGAUAGAGAGCUUACACGAGAGAUUGUCAGCGACUCAGCUCCAAAGAUGGCUGCUCAAGCACUUGCGGAAGCUAAUUUUUUGAAGAAACAGAAGAGGGAUGCUGCAGCAGAACAAAGAGCUCUGUCAUUCUCUCAGAAGGAAAAGAGGAAAAGAGAUCUAGGGCAAGCCACUAGGGCCAAAAACUACGUAGAAGAAGAGAAACGCCUGCUUAGAGAUCAAGGGGUCUACUCUGGGUUUGAUACGUAAGCGAUGAACAGUCUCGUGCCCAAGCCUCUCCACUCACAGAAAAUGUAAACAAAAUUCAUGAGUAAAGCUCGCAGUUGCAACAAAAUAUAUGUAGAAUAUUCAUGGACCUAGAAGAAGCAAUCAUCAUCUUCUCAAAGCAUCUAGCAUUCCCAAGAUUCUUCAUUCUUCGUUCAUCAACGCAACACAUAUCACCACUCUAUACGUGGUGAUGAGAUGAUCAUCAACCGCAAGUACGAUAGAGGACGACGCUCCAUGAUAGUGAGAUAUUUCGACUUGCAGAGUAAUACAUUCUCUCAAAUGGAGAACCCAAAAGA